AUGAGUGCCUUGGGGAAUCGUAUGGAAAAGGGCCUGGCACCUAAUCCAUUUAGUGUGCAGCAUGAUCCGGCACUGGACACUGUUCCUGAAAAACGAAUGUACUUUGACAUACAAGCAACAACGCCUCUUGAUCCAAGGGUUCUCGAUGCCAUGAUACCGCUUUACACCACUGUGUUUGGAAACCCGCACUCAAGAACACACAUGCAUGGGUGGCAAGCAGAAAAGGCAGUGGAGAAGGCAAGGGCACAGGUGGCAUCGCUUAUAAACUGCGAUCCAAAGGAGCUUAUCUUCACAAGCGGUGCAACUGAAAGCAACAACAUGGCGCUCAAAGGAGUUGCCGGGUUCAAGAUGAAGGAUGGAAAGCCAAUCCAUAUAAUAACACAGGUGACCGAGCACAAGAGCAUUCUUGAUACAUGCAGGAAUCUUGAGGAGGAGGGCGUGGAGGUUACAUAUCUGCCUGUGGGAGGCGAUGGCAUGAUUGAUCUUGAACAGCUUAGGGCGAGCAUUAAGGAAAACACGGUCUUGGUUUCCAUAAACGCAGUUAACAGUGAAAUUGGAGUUGUACAGCCACUGAAGAAGAUAGGAAAGAUGUGCAAGGAAAGGGGUGUUCUGUUUCACACAGAUGCGGCACAAGGCGUGGGGAAGAUACAUAUAGAUGUUGAUGAAAUGAGCAUAGACCUGUUGAGUAUGUGUGGGCACAAGAUGUAUGGGCCAAAGGGUGUUGGGGCGCUAUAUGCCAGGAGGAAGCCUCGCAUUAGAAUGGUUGCUCUUAUGAAUGGAGGAGGGCAGGAACGAGGGCUCAGAAGCGGGACAGUGGCACCCCCACUGGUUGCGGGUCUUGGAAAAGCAGCAGAGAUCUGCCUGAACGAGAUGAAGAGGGAUUAUAGGAAUAUCAAAGAGCUUUCUGAUAAGCUCAAGUGUAUGUUUAGAAAGAGCAUUGAUGGAGUACUGGUGAAUGGAUCGAAGGAAGGGUUUCCUGGAUGCAUAAACGUAUCGUUUCCGUAUGUUGAGGGAGAAAGCCUUUUGAUGUACUUGAAAGGCAUUUCGCUUAGCAGUGGAAGCGCUUGCACAUCUGCGUCUUUGGAGCCAUCAUAUGUUCUGAGAGCACUUGGAAGAGAGGAUGAUUUGGCACACUCGUCAAUAAGGUUUGGGAUUGGAAGAUUCACCAUGCCCGAUGAGGUUGAAGCAGUUGGGAAGAAAACAAUUGAAGCGGUGAAUGGCUUAAGGGCAAUGUCUCCUCUCUAUGAGAUGGUCAAGGAGGGGAUUGAUCUUUCGAAGAUUGAUUGGAGCUCAUGA